AUGACGACCGAUCGCGCGCCCGACGCCGACGCCGACGCCGACGGAGCGGCGGCGAUCGUCGACGCGCGCGAGCUCGAGCGCGCGGUGCGCGACAUGCUCCGCGCGCUCGGGGAGGACGUCGAGCGCGAGGGCCUGCGCGACACGCCGAAGCGCGUGGCGAAGGCGCUGGCGUUCGCGACGCGCGGCUACGCGAUGAGCGCGGUCGACGCCGUCGGGUCCGCGCUGUUCAACGAGCCGGGACUCCGCGAGGACCAGGAGAGGGAGGCGGCCGCGGCGGGAGGAUUUGAGAGGGGAGCGGAGGAGGACGGGGGGGAGGAGGAGGAUGACGACGACGACGACGACGACGACGCGCGCGGGCGAUCGCGCGCGGGGGUCGUCGUCGUCAGAGACAUCCCGUUCUUCAGCACGUCCGAGGACGACCUCAUGCCGUUCUACGGGCGAUGCCACGUCGGAUACGUCCCGAGAGACGGCGUCAUCGUGGGGCUGUCCAAGGUGGCGAGAGUCGCGGAGGUGUUCGCGCGGCGCGUGCAGACGCCGUCGCGUCUCGCGCGCGACGUCGCGGAAGCGCUCGACGCCGGCGCGUCCCCGCGCGGGGUGUCGGUGUUCCUCGAGGGAUCGCAGAUGGGGCCGUUCGGUCCAUCGCGGCGCGUCGGCGCCGCCGCGCUCGGGUGCUUCGUCGACGACGGCGAGGACGGCGACGCGGAGGGGUAUCGCGAGGAGUUCGAGGCGAUGCUCGGCGCGAGCGUGGGACGCGGCGUCGGGCCCGGCGUCGGGUUGCGCGGCGGCGGCGGCGGGGCGCGGAUCGAAUCGUCGCUCGCGUCGAGGCGGUUCGCGGAUCGAAUCGCCGCGACGAGAUAUUAUCCCGACGAGAGCUGCGGGUGCCUCACGCCGAGAAGCCAUCCAGGCGGCGACGGCGACGACGAGGCGUGGACGAGCGCGUCGACGGCGACCGCCGCGGACGUGACGGGGGAACCGAACGAAAACGGAAACGAAAACGAUGACGAUGACGAAAACGAAAACGAAAACGGAGAAGAAGACCUGGCGACCGGCGCUGCGACCGUCGACGGCGACGCGUCCGACCGCGGGUCGUCGCCGUCCGCGUCGAACGCGUCCUGCGAGGAGCAGGACGUCGACGGCGGGAGCGGGAGGGGGAGGGGGAGCGACGUCGAGACGCCGCCGCCGAUCCCGAUCGCGCCCGCGGCGGCGGCGCACGCUGUCGAGCGCAUGAUGCGCGCGCUCGGGUUGGACAAGCGACCGCCGGGAGGGGGGUCCGCGUCGAUGUCGGAGGCGAAGCUGGUCGCGACCGCGCGGAAGUACGCGGACUUGAUGGCCGCGUCGAGGGCGGGGCACGGCAUGCCGCGGCUGGGCAACGGAGGGAAGGGCGAGGCGGCGAAGAAGCGGAAACGCGGCGUCGGCGUCGGCGACGGCGACGGCGCGACGAAACCGGAAACCUCCCCCGCCGCCGCCGCGACGACGACGACGACGACGACGACGACGAUGACGAUCGAGCGCGACGUCCCGCUCGCGACGCUCUGCGAGCACCACCUCCUGCCGUUCCACGGCGCGGUGCACGUCGCGAUCAUCACGGCGAACUCCGGAUCGGGCGCGCGCGCGCCGUCGCGCGACGUCCUCGAAUCCGUCGUCGCGCGGCACGGCCGCCGACUUCAAGUCCAGGAGCGGCUCACGCGCGACGUCGCGAGGGAGAUCAGAGAGCUCACGAACGCCGCGGGCGUGAUGGUCGUCGCGCGCGCGUCGCACCUGUGCAUGAUCGCGCGCGGGGUGGAGAAGCCCGGGAGCACGACGUGCACGAGCGCGUGUUUGGGCGCGUUCGCGAGAGGGCGGGGGGGCGCGACGCGCCGCGCGUCGUUCUGGCGCGCGCUGGAGGGCGGGCAGAGUUCGGUGGUGGUGACGACGACGACGGGGGUUGGGGCGGGGGGCGGCGACGCGGAGAACGCGGGGGCGACGCGAGCGCGAGCGAGCGACUGA